AUGAGUUGGGGAGUCACGGCAUCCCCACCGGGUUAUUAUCCACGCACCCCACUUCACCAUCCACUCCCUUCCUCUUAUUUCAGGCCAAUUGCAACUGGGUCGCACAAAUUUCCAAGAGUCAAUUUAAGGUGCAAUUGUAGUUCCAAACCUGGUGAAUCUGGUCCUGGUGAGAAUGAGAGUAGAACUGUUCUAGAUGCAUUCUUCCUUGGGAAGGCUCUGGCAGAAGCACUAAAUGAGCGUAUAGAGUCGACUCUGGGGGAAUUUCUAAGUACAAUUGGUAGAUUGCAAGCUGAGCAACAAAAGCAAGUACAAGAAUUUCAGGAGGAUGUGUUGGAAAGAGCUGAAAGAGCCAAAAAGCAAGCAGCGCGGGAAGCAUUGGAAGCACAAGGACUUAUUCCCAAGUCUUCUGAACCAAAAAUAACAACAGCUACUAAUGGUGUCUCUUCAGCGGCUUCAUCCUCCCAGCCGAACUCACUCGUCGAACGUGUCAAGAUGGAUCCAGGCCCGGCCAAUGAAGACUUGCCUUCGGAGAUAUCAGAAGAGGACUAG